AUGGCCUAUGACCGCUACGUUGCCAUCUGCCAGCCCCUGCACUACGGGAGCCUCCUGGGCAGCAGAGCUUGUGCCCAGAUGGCAGCAGCUGCCUGGGGCAGUGGCUUUCUCCAUGCUCUCCUGCACACGGCCAAUACAUUUUCCCUGCCCCUCUGCCAAGGCAAUGCUGUGGACCAGUUCUUCUGUGAGAUUCCCCAGAUCCGCAAGCUCUCCUGUUCCAGCUCUUAUCUCAGGGAAAUUGGACUUCUUGUGCUUAGUGGUGCUUUAGCCUUUGGUUGUUUCAUUUUCAUUGUGGUGUCCUAUGUGCAGGUCUUCAGGGCUGUGCUGAGGAUGCCCUCUCAGCAGAGCCGCCACAAAGCCUUUUCCACGUGCCUCCCGCACCUGGCCGUGGUCUCCCUGUUUGUCAGCACUGCCAUGUUUGCCCACCUGAAGCCCCCCUCCAUCUCUUCCCCAUCGCUGGACCUGGUGGUGGCAGUCCUGUACUCAGUGGUGCCUCCUGCAGUGAACCCCGUCAUCUACAGCAUGAGGAACAAGGAGCUGAAAGCCACACUGAAGAAACUGAUUCUAGUGGCAAUAUUUACUUAG